CUAACAUACUAAUUAGAUCAUAGAGAAAAGGAUUACAUAAUAUAUUAAAAAUAUUUCCUGUUUUGUAUCUGAUGCAAAACCUUGAAGUAAAUUAACAGUCAAAACCUUGUAUGUAUUUGCAUUUCAGGUCUUCCUGGAAAAUGAAUACAGAAAGAAGAUUGCCAUCCCAAUUCUGAAAGAAAAUCAUGAUAGUGAUGUUGACUUUUACAUCCUGCUGAAAAACCCAGAAGGAGGAGCUGGACUAGGGGACCCCAGUGUGUCAAGGAUCACCAUUAUAGAUGAUGAUGAACCGGGGCAUUUUAUGUUUGAGCAGCCACGCUAUAAUGCUGAUAUGUCAAAAGGUGCUUUGACAGCCACUGUUGUUCGCCAGAAUGGUUGUGAUGGAAAGGUCACUUUGGAGUAUUCUACUAUGGAUGGCACAGCUGUAGGUGGUAAAGAAUUAGGUGAAGGUAUUGACUAUGUGAAAACAAAUGGGGAAAUCACCUUCCAACAUGGAGAGCUAUCAAGGGACAUCACCAUACCAGUAGACCCCAAUUCUAAGGGAUCUAAAAACUUUGUGCUAACUCUGAGAAAUCCUACUGAUGGUGCCAAGAUUGGGGAUGUCAGUGCAGCUAUCUGUAAUAUAAACACAGAUGAGUUAGCAGAGAGAAUAGCUGAUGCAAUUGAAGGUGAAAGCACAGAAGAAGUCAGUUGGCCCGAACAGUUCAAGAACGCCAUGACUGUCGGUGGAGAUGGUGAUGAUGAUGAUGAUGGGCCAUCUGCCUUAGAGUUUUUUCUUCACUUCUGUACAUUCUUUUGGAAGAUCCUGUUUGCAUUUACUCCUCCAACGAAAUACUUGGGCGCCUGGCCAGCUUUUGUCAUUUCAUUGGUAUUCCUGGCAGGUCUGACAGCAGUUGUUGAGCAGCUGGGUCAUUUGUUGGGUUGUGUGAUUGGCCUCAAAACCAGUGUGACAGGUAUCACAAUCAUUGCCUUGGGAACAAGUCUUCCGGAUACCUUCGCUAGUCGCACAGCGGCCAUGCAGGAUGAGUACGCCGAUGCUGCCAUUGGAAAUGUUACAGGAAGUAACAGCGUAAACGUGUUUCUGGGUCUGGGUCUGCAGUGGGUCAUCAGCACAAUGUAUUACCUGGCGAGAGGUGAGACAUACACAGUCUCCACGGGCACUUUAGUGCAGGCUGUCCUCCUGUUCACGUGUUGCGGUAUUAUCUGCAUCAUACUUCUGUGUGUGAGGAGAAAGCUUGUUGGUGGAGAGUUGGGAGGCAAAAAUAAACUGGGCAGAUGGUUCUCGGGGUUAUUGCUGAUUUUCCUGUGGGUGGCCUACAUCAUUGUGUCAAGCUUACGAGCCUAUAAUGUGAUCACUUGGUAGGGAUGUGUUGCCCAAAGAGCAGCUGAGAAGUUACCCAGCUUUAUAAAUAAGUGAACUUCUUAGGAUAAAUAAAACAUGUGGUAUAAACAUUUUGAGAAGCUGAUAAUGAAGAUGUUGAUAUUUUUUAUGUAGCUUGUAGUGGACCAUUUAUCCCACAGAUUGCAUCAGGACCAAUCUAGAGUUGGAUUUUCUCCAGUCCAACUCUCUUUUUCAAGAUCACUGUUUACCCUGUAUUUCUCUAGCUUUGAAGCCCUGGGACAUGUUAAAGAUUGUACAUACAUAUAUGGUUGUGCUGAAUUUUCCCCUCUGAAAGAAACGAAUAUUAUUUCCCAUGCACAUUAUAAGUAGGGUAAGAUGUUUAAACCUUAAAUUGAAUUCAGAAAAAUGCAUUAUUUGUAUUGGCAUGUAAAAACAAAAGAUAGCCCAAGGAAAAUUGUCAUUCUGAGCUUUGGAAAUUCUGUAAAGAAACAACACAAAGACAUUUAGGUACAAACAUAUUUUAAAACAUACAUUGUGUGUCAUGUUUAAUUUUCUGGUGUAGCAUGGUCUGUAAAAUGCUGUAAGUUGGUGUCAUUCAUUGACAGAAUGCACAAUGAUGCGUAGUACACACAUUGCAUAUAAUCACCCAUAUGACAAGCCCAAACAGCACUUCACAGAUUGAUGAACAUUGCACUUACAAGUCUGUGCUUAAUUCUAGAACAGGCCACAUUCCCAAAACAUUGUGAAUCAAAUUUCUGGUAAAUGCUUGUAUAAAUGCCUUCUGGGCUACAGCUCCAUGAAGGACAAGGUUAUUCACAAAAAGUGACCAAAAAAACUAUUGCUGUUUUGUUUUUUCAAGUGGGCUCUGUACUAUACAAUUCACAGCGAGAUAUGUUAGAUGUUUAGCUUCUUAGAUUAUUUAUUUUUAUUUAUACAUGCAACAGAAAAGUACCAGUUGCAGCAAGAAUCAUUUUAUGAAAACAGGUAUUUUCGUUAACUUGGGAUUUUUUUUUGGACAGUACAACUGUUUACAGUUGGAAGUAUUUAAAGUCAUUACAUUGCUCAGUUUUGUCUUUACACACCAGUGUGAUUAUUAAGUCGUCGUAGGUCAAUCAUUUAACAACUUUCUGGUAGAAAGGAGGUGGGUAAGUGAUCAGACAUCAGUCUGUGAAGUGCAUGUUGUUAUAAUAUGGUAUUACCGCACACUCAUACAUCUUUGCUGGGGGUACCUGCUGUGAUUUCGUCUUAUGUUUGAAAUAAAGGGCCCUGUAAUUCAAAUGAAGAACUGGUCCAAAGUUAUUUCUUCGAAGAACAAAAUAGCACAAUCUUAUGUCUGGUUAUAGCAAGAAUGCAGUUCUAAGUUUCAAAAAUAAACUUGGAAUUCUAUGAAAGGCUGUGUGAAUAAUUUGGCUUUUUCUGUUACAAUGCUUCACUCCGUAGAUUCUCUGUUAAUAUUUACAAGUGUAGAACAAAUCAGUUAGGUGUGUACCAUUUGUCAAUCUAGACAAGAAAAGACCCACACAUUGCCACUUGAUAAGUGACUUAAUUCAAUAUUUACCACAUUGUUGCUUGUGAAGUCGUUUCCCUCUGUGAUAUCUUCGUGUUUUUUUUCUUAAUGUAGAAUAUGGCUUAAUAUAGGCUUGUACGCUUAUCCUUUUGUUUUAGUGCUGUGUCGGUAUGAGACAGGUAUCAUCUGGUUGUGUACCAUAGUCAUAAGUGCUCGUGGUAUGGACCAGUCGGGUUUUACCUUAUAGCGAGACACGGCACAUGAGUGAGUGACGUGGUCUUAGUUAUGAACGUUACUUUGGUGACGAACAAGAGUCCCCAAUACCUUAAUGAUUCGCGUUGCCAUGGGUACUCACUUUACCUUCGUGUGUCACCUUACCGCAGUGACUUAUGUUGCUUUUUAUUGACUCGCAUUACGUCAGUUACUCUCGUUACCUUAUAGUGACUUUACCGAAAGUUGCCUUAAUUACCAGAAGAAAUUAGUUUGGUUAAUAGUCCCAAGUACACGUAGUUGAUCUUGCUCAGGUUCUCCCGUUGAGCUCAACAAUCUGGAAAGCCUAAUUCGGAAUUCGGAGGAAUCACAUAGGUCACGCUGUAUUAAGGUAACCGAUUGUAUGCUACUUUCAUUGUUCAUCAUGAUUACACAUUCAGAAUGUGUAUGUGUAGUUCAAAACGUAAUGAGUUAAGAAAGUUUUUAGACCACUUUAUGAUUGGGAAAACGGUUAUUACACCAGAAUGGCCCCAAUGUUACCGCCUGGUACACUGUAGAACAAGGGUUAGGAAUUUGUGUCAAGAUUGCAAAUGGAUGCAGAGUUAAACUUUUAAGAGUUGUUCUUUUAGAAUCGGCGCAACCAUUUCCGCGGCGCGGAUUUUAUCUGAAAUAAGGUUUAAUAUCGCGAGCCUCUUAGAAUCUGUAUUUACGCACUGUAAGAUGUAUUUAUUCUGAGACAGCAAAUUAUUAAUGAGUUAUUGACGGAGACCAACAUUUAAAGGUGUAUUUAGGCACAGUACUAAGUUGCCUGUUUGUACAGAAUGCUGUUUUUCCAUUUGUUAUUCCCCAUGUAUUGUUAUGGUUUAUAAAUAUUAUUUGUGUUAUCCCAUAUGUUGAUAUUUAUAACUCCAUCCUAAGAGAUCCCAUAAUUUACAUCUACACCUACUGUAACUUUUUUUUUUUGGUUGUACAUUUACGAAACUACCCUUCAUGAUUCAUACAGUGUUAAAUAGUGGGAAGUUGACUUCACAAAAUGUAUUUCUAUAAUGAUAGCUCAACAUCACAUGUUGCCAGUCUGCAUGCAGACUCGAGCAGCAGUGAGAUUGUGAAGGAGCGCUUGUCUUAGAUGACACUGGCCAGUUGGUUAUCAUAUACGCUGUGGCGUUCACACUGAACCUGUUUAAACCCACGUUGGUUUAAAAACUUUAUUAGACGAGUUACUGAAGGCAGCAAGUUCUCUUGAUAUGUAGCCAGCGUGGACAAGCAGAGUCAGACACCAAAUUGGAAGCGAACAAUUAUGGUAAAUGUCGGCAGAAUUUUAUUGGUUAUACAAUGUAACAAUACAAGUUCUGGACGGUUACUUGACUAUUACAAUGUUUUAUGAUUAUCAGAAGUAUGAAGGGCAGCUUCUUCGAGACGCAUAAGCAUACCUCCGCCCUGUCUUAUUCCUCGCCCUCGUUUCCACAGUAAUUUAAGGGUGACAUGACGCUGUUUUACAUUGCUGUACUCUGAAUAGUUUUUGUUAACGCCAUACUUGUUUCUAGAUAGAAAGUAAUAUGUGGCUCGAACGAAGAAUUUUUUUUUUUUUUUGGAUGUGUUAAGUUCUACAUGUAUAAUGAAAAUUGUUAUGAUUUAACGAAUACAUAUGGCUUGAAUGUAUCGUAUGCAUGGAUUGAUCUCCCUUGGCUUGGUGAACAAACUGUGACAUACUGUUUGCCUGAACCAAUAGAAUUCGGUGAUCUCAUUUGACAGUAUGCAAGUGAGCCAUCAUAACGUAUAGAGAUGUUCAAACGCCUCCCUAAUUUAUUGCGAUUUUGUUUUACUUUAGUUUUAGUUUAAACGUUUUAUUUAUUAUAGUUUUUUGUACAGAUUUUACAUAAAAAAUGAUUCCUGUGAUAUUGUAGCAGACCCCUUGAUAGUUAAUUUCCGGACACGUUUUGGUUCGUUAUGCGCUGCUGUACAGAUUUAUAGAAGGUAUAUAUCACCUGACUGAGCAAACAAAACCAAAAUAAAGAAUUCUUU